UUUACCACCAAACUACAAAUCUUUUGUUGAUACAAUUACAUAUUGACAAAGUUUUAGUCUUUGAACGCCAACAAUCCUCAAUAACUUUGAACAACCAUAACUUUGUGCUCCAAAAUCCGAACUUCAUGAAUUUUUUUUUCAUUUCGCAUAACUUUUGAAGGACUACAAUUUUUACUAGGAAGAAAUUUUCAAAACAUGAAUUAUUAUUGGAUAUACAGGAUUUUUGGAAUAACGUUACCUUCCCUUUUCACAAAUCUAUGUACAUUUUGAAAUUAUGUCUGAUAAAAGUUGUAGUCCUUAAAAAGUUAUGCGAAAUGAAAAAAAAAAUUUCAUGACUUUCGGAUUUUGGAGCACAAAGUUAUGGUCGCCCAAAGUUUGACGAAAUCGAAAAAGGCUCGUUCGGGGUAGCAAAUGACGUUUUUUCGAGACGAAGGUUGCGGCUUGCAAGAUCUCAAAAAGUUAUGCGGAUUAAAAAAAAUCGCUGCGAUCGGAUACCCGAGUGCAAAUUUACUUUCGUUUGAAGUUUCGGCCGAGGUUAGGAGUUGAUCGGAUUUUUUUUUGGACCAAACCGCUUGAUUGGCCAGCUGUUUGGACCAAACCGCCCCCACCCCGAGCGGUUUUCAAACCGCCUUGUAACCAUGCGGUUUUCAUCGAAAAUCGCGCCCCAUCUAGCGGUUUUCGUGUAAACCGCGGGGUGGGGGUUUUCGAGAAAGGGUGCUAUUUUUGGAUUUUUUUUUAAACAGUGCUAUUUCUGGAAAAAAAUCCUGAAGAAAGUGGUCAUGGAGAUGAGCGCCCUGAAAGCACCAGGCAAAAACGGGUUCCAUAUGCUUUUCUUCCAGAAGUGUUGGAGCAAUGUUGGAGAGGAUCUUUACAAAUUCAUCCUGUAAUGCAAUAGGGAUCCGUAUAAGAUCAGUCUUGUUAAUGAAACCCUACUUACCUUAAUUCCUAAAUCGGAUGCCCCAACUUCUAUGAGUCAUUUUCGUCCUAUUUAUCUUUGUAAUGUUGGGUAUAAAGUGGUGGCAAAGUGUAUUGCUAACAAACUGAAAAUGGCAAUGCCCCACUUAGUACACAAAAACCAUUCGAGCUUUGUACCAAACAAGCACAUUACUUAUAAUAUUCUAAUCUUGCAGGAGACGGUACACUCGAUGUCAAGCCAGCAAGGGAAGAAAGGAAUCAUGUUCCUCAAAGUUGACCUCGCUAAAGUCUAAGAUCCUAGUGAAUGGCAGUUCCUUGAGGAAACCUUGAGGGAAGCUGGACUUCCUGGAAGCUAUGUGCAUAUGAUUUUGAAGAAUGUUACCACAACUAAGCUCCAAGUGCUCUGAAAUGGAGGGAAAAUUGAGAGCUUAUUACCCUCCAGAGGUCUUAGACAGGGAUGCUCACUCUCUCCCUACCUCUUUUACCCUUUGUGUUGAAAGAUUGAGUCAUUGUAUUCUCAAAGAGGUUAGGGAUAAGAAUUGGAACCCUAUUAGACUGUCUCCUACGAGUCCUCCUUUGUCUCAUCUCUUUUUUGCAGACGACAUCGUCUUAUUGCUGAAGCUAACCCUAGGCAAGCUGAUUUGAUAAUGAGAUGCUUAGACUCGUUCUGCUCUGCUUCUUGAGAGUUAGUGAGUAGGGAGAAGUCAAGAGUGUUUUUCUCAAGAAACAUAAAAAAUGUUGCUAGGGUGGAGAUAAGUCAGAGAUUAGGAAUUCAAUCCACCUAUGACUUAGGAAAGUACCUAGGUGUUCCAAUUCUGCAUGGUAGAAUUAUGAAGAAUACAUAUAGGUAUAUCCUCGAGAGAAUUGAAAGUAAACUGUCAUCCUGGAAAGCAAGAACCCUCUCUCUUGCUAGUAGAGUCACCCUUGCAUUAUCUGUCCUAAAUGUCAUUCAUGUGUAUGCUAUGAAAACUUUUGUGCUCCUUAUGUCUGUUUGUGAUGCUAUUGACAGGAAAAUCAGAAACUUUGUUUGGGGAGGAACUGAUGAGAAGAGAAAAGUCCACCUUAUCUCGUGGGAUCAAAUCUAUAAACCUAAAGGGUUAGGAGGACUUGGCCUCAAGCCAGCAAGGAGUUUAAAUCAGGCAUUCAUGGUGAAACUUGCAUGGGAGAUCUUCAACUACGGGGAUAGUUUUUGGGUCUAGGUCUUUCAGUAGAAAUAUUUCCACCACAAGGAUGGGAAUAUGUUGUCAAUGAAGAAAAUGAACCAUUCUCCGCUUUGGAAGGCUAUCUUGAGCAAUGCCAGUUAUGAAGCAAGCCUUGAUCUGGAGUGUGAGGGAUGGUCAUACAACAAGCUUCUGAACUCACCGCUGGUUGGAGAAUGGAUUGAUUCUAGAAGACUAUGCCUUGAAGGCUCUUACUGAGGAAGAACGCUGCUCCUCAGUGGCGAAAUGGACCAAUGGAGAAGGUGAGUGGGACUGGAAAAAAAUCAAACACUCUCUUCCCAAUGAGAUUAUUUCAUGUAUUGCAGGAAAUGAUGCACCAAGCCAGGAGCUGGGAGAGGACAAAACCCGUUGGGGCGAGCGAAAAAGGAUGGGCGAUUUAGGUUAAAGUCUGCCUUCAACCUGGUCACUGACAAGCUAUAUGAGGAGGCCCUGCGAAUGUGGAAGGAUCUCUAGCAUUGGAAAGGACCUAGUUGUGUGAAGCACUUCCUUUGGCUUGCCAACCAUGAUAGACUACUGACCAACAAAUAGAGAUUGAAAAGGAACUUGACGACUAACUAUACAGCGAUUGCAAUGUCUGUUCUGGCAUGGAGGAAACAACAGAGCAUAUCCUCAGAAGGUGUAAAAGAGCUGAAGAAAUCUAGAGUCACUUCAAAGAGAAGCUCAAGGUCACUUCAAACACAACUGACUUUCAGGUUUGGCUUGGAGACAACCUCAAAGAUGAAGAUAAAUGAGUGGAUUUUGGCCUCAUCUGUUGGAUCCUAUGGAAGCAACGUCAUGAAGUGAAGAUUGAAGGGACGAAAUUCACAAGAGAAGAAACAAUCUCUCGUGUUCUUGCUUGGAUCCAAGUUAACAAGCAAGCUAGGGAGAAUGUGAUCAAGUUCUUUCUCCCUAUCCAAAGAAGCCAUGUAGUGCAGCUUGUGGCGUGGAAGCCUCCAUAUGAGAACUUGAUUCAACUCCAGACUUAUGGCUCUGUGCUUGGACCCAGAGGAAGAUCAGCAACAAGAGAACUCAUGAGGGACGCGUUGGGGAGAUUUGUGGAUGCAUUUGUCAGCAAUAUGGGAAAGUGCUAAAUUACGCGAGCAAAACUCAAAGGGGCAGCUGAAGGCCUUGAACGUGCAUGGAAGAUGGGAUUCAAGAUGGUGGAGCUUAAUGUGGAUUCCUCAACUGCCCUAACCAUCGUUGAGAGCAGGAAGAAUACGAAUCGUUGUCAUGGUCCACUUGUUGAACGAAUUUACAGGUUACUUGAUCGUUACUGGGAAGUUAGAAUUUCCCAGGUUUACAGAGAAUGUAAUUUUGCAGCCGAAUUUUUGGCUAGCAAGGGUCACUUGGGCCCUUUGGGCACACAUUUCUUCGAUGUGUGCGACCCAAACUUGGUCAAUGGUUGUACUACGACUUCAUUGGCAUUGUCAUGGGUCGCAUUAUUCCUAAUAUGAUUUAGACGCCUUUUGGUGUCUGUCUUUCUACGCCAACAAAUCCUAAUAUUUAUAUGUCAUAUAUGAUACAUGUGAUUAAUUGAUCUCAUGUCACAUAUGAGACAUAUUUGCUCGCGUACUCAAUCUUAAACAUGUGUGAUAUAUAAUUUAAUAAAUCUAUGAAUUAGCAACAAGAAAACUCAUGAUAUAAAUCGAUUUCUCAUAAGUCGGUAGUAGAGUUGGCUCACUAAUGACAAUUUUGAGACAUGAGCUCAACACAAGAUAAAUCACCAGUUGAACUCAACAAGCUACCUAGUCGAGCUGACUCACAAGCCUCACGAGCUGAACAAGUCUAAACUCAAGUUCAGCUUGUUAAUAAAAUGAGUCGAGAUUUUUCUUAAUUGAACGAGCUUUUAUCGAUUCGAGCGUUGAGUUGUUCAUGAGCUAUUUGAUUCAUUAACAACCCUACGUGUAUGAGAAUAAGCUUAUACUGCCUUG